AUGGUAGUAGCAUCUAAUCAGAUCUAUAACUCCCAAACUUUGCCCAUCGUUCUCACAAACAGUUCCAACUUCUUCUCAUCUUUUACCCUCCAAAUGACAGACCAAUUCGCUUUCACAUAUCCUUCCCCACUAGAGGGCUACGCGAACCUCGAGCCACUUUCCGAAGAGAGAAACGAGGACGGAAAGUCGCUAAAGAACCCUCAGCAUGGGGUGUUGAGUAAAGCAUACGAGGAAUUUCCCGAUCCUCUGGCUAAGGACCGCCGGGGAGGAUUCGAUAUCCAUAUUUACCACUUUCAGAAUAACCCAGACCAAGUAGCCUACGCAAAGGCACUAUGGGAGCGGAUCAGACGGGAAUUCCCCGAACUCCGAAUAUAUACGUUCUGGGAUAAGCCCAUUGGCCCGCACCCAGUGGCUAUGUUCGAAGUGAAUCUCUUCACACCGGCGCAAUUUGGUGCCUUCAUUCCCUGGCUUGUCAUACAACGGGGUCCACUGAGCGUGUUAAUCCACCCGAAUUCCGCGCCAGAUGAGGACCAGAGGAAUCAUACACAGCGCGCAGUGUGGAUGGGGGAUCGGAUUCCGUUGGAUUUGAGGAUCUUUAAGCUUAUAAAGGAGCGGGAGAAGCAGCAGGAGGCUCAGGCGGAAGCGGCAACAAAGAAGGGCCAGGGGGAUAAGUUAUAG